AUUGUUUUAGGAGGCAAUAAUUCGUGUUCUACAACCAAUCGUAAUGGGUUGGAUGAUUUAUUUUUUAGAACGAUAUUCUGAAGAACCAGAAGAAAUAAAACAUCUGCAUAAUUUUUAUAUAAGUGGUGCUGCAGUUGUUUUACUUGGAAUUUUAUAUGUACUACUUUAUCAUCCAUAUUUUUUCAAAAUGACAAGAAAAGGAAUGCAAUUACGAAUUGCUUGCUGUAAUAUGAUUUAUCGUAAAGCAUUACGUUUAAGUCAACGUGCACUUGGUCAAACAACUGUCGGUCAAAUGGUUAAUCUAUUAUCGAAUGAUGUGAAUCGUUUUGAUUAUGCAUUUAUAUUUGUACCAUUCAUAUUGACAGCACCAAUACAGGCAGUGAUCACUGUUGUUUAUCUUUAUAAAUUUAAUUUUGGUUGGUCAGUUUUUGUUGGCUGUUCUGUUCUUGUAAUUUAUCUACCAUUCCAAAUGUAUAUGGGUACAUUAUUUUCAAAUUUACGUGGAAAAACGGCCAUUCUUACUGAUGAACGUAUACGAUUGAUGAAUGAAUUGAUUCCGGCAAUGCGUGUAAUCAAAAUGUAUACAUGGGAAAAACCAUUUGCCAAAUUGGUCGAAUUGGCACGUCGUAGAGAAGUAUCGGUUAUUAAAAAAACAGCACUAUUACGUGGCGUCAAUAUGGCAUUGUUUUUCGUUUCAUCCAAAGUUAUUAUAUUCGUUUGUUUUGUAGUAUUUAUAACAUAUGCGGGUGGUGAAUUUACACCGCAACAUGUUUUUGUUGCUAUUGCUUUGUUUGCAAAUUUCCGUACUUGUUUGACAUUAUUUUUUCCAUAUGGUGUAUCACAAGGAUCUGAAGCAUUGAUUUCAAUCCGAAGAUUAGAGAAUUUUCUAAUGCUUGAAGAAAAAGAACUUGAUUCCGAACAUAUAAAUAAAAUUUCAUUACCUGUCAAAAAAGAAGAUUGUGGUGUUUGGUUAACCAAUAUGGUUGCAUCAUGGAAUCUAAAAGGAAUGGAACCAACAUUAAAGAAUCUAAAUUUUGAUGUUAGACCAGGAGAAUUAUUAGUCAUUAUUGGAUCAGUUGGUAGUGGUAAAAGUUCAAUUUUGAUGAGCAUUCUAUCGGAAAUACCAAUUUUACAUGGUGAAGUUAAAGUACGUGGUAAAGUAUCAUAUGCUAGUCAACAGCCAUGGAAUUUCGCCGGUACAGUACGAGAAAAUGUAUUAUUUGGCAAUUCAUAUGAUGAAGCUAAAUAUCGUAAAGUUCUUCAUGUUUGUGCAUUGGAAAAAGAUUUAGAAUUAUUUGAAUUCGGUGAUCAAACAAUUGUCGGUGAUCGUGGUGUUUCAUUGAGUGGCGGUCAAAAAGCACGUAUCAAUUUAGCUCGAUCACUUUAUGAUGAUGCUGAUGUAUAUUUAUUGGAUGAUCCAUUAAGUGCCGUUGAUGCUGCUGUUUCGAAACAUAUCUUUGAAAAAUGUAUUCGUGGCUAUCUUAAACAUAAAACUUGCAUACUUGUUACUCAUCAAUUACAAUUUAUCAAACAAGCAUCUAAAAUAUUGGUAUUGAAAAAUGGUAAAAUACAAGGUUAUGGCCCGUAUGCACAUCUAAUGAGUUUGGGUAUUGAUUUUGUUAAAAUUGCCGAUGAAGAAAAUCAACAGAAAACAAAAAAACAACAUGAUCAAGAAAUUUCAUUGAAAAGAAGUCAUGAAUCGUUACCUAAUGCAUUGAUGCAUCAUUCAUCACAAACAUCACUCAAUUCAUCAAUUGGUGGUGAAGAUUUAGCAAAUUUUAUUACUGGUGAAGCAUUACAACAAACAACCGGAGAAAUGGGUACAACUGGUUCGGUCAAAGCUCGUGUUUAUUGGACUUAUGUUCGAGCUGGUGCCGGUUUCUUUUUACUAUUUUUAUUAAUUUCCACUAAUAUUGCUACACAGAUUCUAUUCAACGGUAGUGAUUAUUUUCUUUCCCUUUGGACGGAUAAACAAACAAAUGGAACUAAAAGUGAAAUUAUCAAAGAUUUUUCAACAAAUGAUUGUAUCAUUGUUUUUGGUGCACUUGUUGGAUCAUUAUUUUUACUAUCACUUGUUCGUACGACAACAUUUUUUUCGAUUUGUAUGAAAAGUUCGAUCAAUAUUCAUAAUCGUUUAUUUGAAUGUUUAAUUCGUGCACCCGUCACUUUUUUCGAUAAUAAUCCAAUCGGUGUAUUGUUAAAUCGUUGUUCACGUGAUAUGGGAAUUGUUGAUGAUCAAUUACCACCAACAGCUUUUGAUGCUGUUGAAAUAUUUGUUCAAAUGAUCGGUAUUUUAGUUUUGGUUAUCAUUAUCGAUCCUUGGAUUGCCAUUCCAACAUUUAUAUUGAUUUUUAUUUUUCAUUUUAUUCGUAAAUAUUAUAUAACAAGUGCCCGAAGUAUUAAACGAUUGGAAGGAAUCACUCGAAGUCCAGUGUUUUCACAUCUAGCCAAUUCUCUUUAUGGUCUAUCUACAGUUCGUGCUUUUAAUGUACAAUCAACAUUUGAAAAAAAAUUUGAUGAAUAUCAAGAUUGUCAUACUGCAGCUUGGUUUCUAUUCAUAUCGGCUGCACGUUGGUUUGGUAUUGUUCUCGAUUGGUUAUGUGUUGUUUAUUUGGCAGCUGUCACAUUGGCAUUAUCAAUUACAUAUAAAACAAAAUCACCAAGUGAAAUUGGAUUGGCCAUUUCUUAUGCCAUCACAUUAAGUGGUAUGUUUCAAUGGGGUGUACGACAAUCGGCCGAAUUAGAAAGUCAAAUGACGUCAGUCGAACGUAUCGAUGAAUUUAGUCAUUUGGAAGGAGAGAAAAAUCUAGAACUUCCGCUAGAAAAAAGUCCACCCGAAGAUUGGCCCAGUCUUGGAAAAAUUGAAUUCGAUGAUGUCAGUUUAUCUUAUGCUCCGGAGGCUCCACCUGUUUUGAAAAAUUUAACAUUUACAAUUAAUCCUGGUGAAAAAAUUGGUAUCGUUGGUAGAACUGGUGCCGGUAAAUCAUCAAUGAUAUCUACAUUGUUUCGUUUAUUACCACCAACUGGUACAAUUAAAAUCGAUGAUAUUGAUACAAGCCAUAUAUCAUUGACAUGUUUACGAAAUAAAUUAUCUAUCAUUCCACAAGAUCCUGUUAUAUUUGCCGGACCUGUUCGACAAAAUAUUGAUCCAUUCUAUCAACAUAAUGAUGAACGUUUAUGGCAAGUAUUGGAAGAAGUACAACUGAAACAUGUUGUUCUUGAACAUUCAAAUGGUUUGGAUUCGAUUAUUGCUGAAGGUGGAUCUAAUCUUAGUGUCGGUCAACGACAAUUAUUCUGUUUGGCUAGAGCAAUUCUCAAACAAAAUCGUAUUUUAGUUCUUGAUGAAGCUACUGCUAAUGUUGAUCAUAAAACGGAUUUAUUCAUUCAGGAUGCUAUAAGAGAUAAAUUUUCUCAUUGUACUGUGUUGACGAUAGCACAUCGUUUACAUACAAUUAUGGAUUCAGAUAGAGUAUUGGUAUUGGAUGCUGGUCGUGUAAUUGAAUUUGAUGAACCAUAUCAAUUAUUACAAAAUGAAAAAGGUUUAUUUGCCAAUAUGGUUAAAAUGACUGGAAAAAGUAUGGCACAUAAUCUAAAAGAAAUGGCACGUAUUGCACGUGAAUUAAGAGAAAAAAAUUCCAAUACCGAUUAUAAUCGUGGUCAUCUUCGUGAUCUAAAAGGUUCAUUUAUAAAUAGUCCAAGAAAAGAAGAUAUUAUUGAAGAAACUAUUGUCAAUAAUGAUGAUCAUGUUAAUCAUCAUGAUGGUGAAAAUGGUGAAAUUGAAAAUGAUAAUUCUAAACAACUUUGA